UUCAUCAUAGGUGAUUAACAUACAAUGAAAUGAUUUUAGUCCAAACUAUUUAUAGUGUUAGAACAAAGAUGCCAUGAUUAGCUAGCUACGUUUUAACUAGUUAACGUUAGCUGAAACAAGGCGACCUGCCCCCCGUGUAGCCAUCUAGUUGACAUUUGCUAACUGGGUUGGUUGCUAUUAGGUAGCUAUAUUGGCAACAGAUUAAUAUUUCUAUAGCAUCCACUUUGUAAAGACCUGAAUUGAACCAAGCCAAGGAUCCUUCAUCGAUGGUUAGAAAAUUCUAAACAUGAGCUUCAGCUUUGAGGGAGAUUUCAAAACAAGACCCAAGGUGUCUCUUGGGGGAGCGAGCAAAAAGGAGGAAAAAGCAUCUCUCCUACACCGAACACAAGAGGAAAGGAGAAAAAGAGAGGAUGAAAGACGAAGAUUGAAGAAUGCAAUCAUCAUUCAGUCCUAUAUACGAGGAUACCAUGACCGAAAACAGCAAUAUGCCAUACAGAGGGGCAACUUUGACCACUGCGUCUGUCAGGCACAGUCGGGAGGUGGGCCGCCAAUUUCCGACGCUGCCAGCCUCAGUCUCUUAACUAGGCAGCUCCUUUUUUUUUACAGACAGAGUGAGGAUUCACAGAGAUUGAUCUGGAUUUGUCAGAACCUGGUGAAACACAAUGGGCAGUUUGUGAAGCUGCUGGCUGGGCCGGAGAGACAGACCUGUGUCUUUCAGAUUAAGAGGGUUCUAGGCUUCUGCUGCAGGCUUCUGCAAGCCUGCAAGGAUGACAGUUUAAAUGUUGCCGUUCCAAUGAGGAUGCUGGAGAUAUUUUCUUCAGAGAGAACCUAUUCUCCUGUCCUUCAAGAUGUUCAUCUUGUUGCAUCGUUAAUCGAGCAGAUUUUGCACUAUAUGGUCCAGAAAGGAUACUAUCGGUCGCUGUAUAUUCUGGUGAAUCACAAGCUACCGUCCAGUUUGGAGUACAGUAACGCCCCGUCUGGAUCCCACGCCAUCCCUUUGGCGAGCACAUUGCUGGAGCACACGCUGAAGCCCCUGCACUUUACCUACUCCUCCUGCACAACAGGCGCAAGGCAGUUUGUGUUUGCGGCCUUCACUGAGGAGUUCAUCUCGGCGCCGUUCACAGAGCAGAUCUUUCAUUUCUUUAUUCCGGCGCUGGCCGACCCUUGUCUCCACUUCCCCUUUGAGGCCUUCCUGGGCUCCCUGCAGGCCACCGUAGUUUCCUCAGCGGCGGCGCAGAAGCAGGCGCCGUGGCUCUUCUACUUUGUCCUCUCAGCCGGGGAGACCUGUCUGGGAUCACUAUCAGAGGCGGGCCUCCAUCUUUACCUGCGAGCUCUGCAGACCCUGCUACCUCUCCUACCUGUGUCAGAGAGCACCAGCAGGCCAGAGGUCCUCAGCGACUCUGAGGAUGAGGAGGACAACAACAUUCAGGCUCCAGCCACACAGGACGACAGUUACCGGAUAUCAGUGCAACUGAUCACGGAGGAGUGUGUCCACAAACUGGACACCAAGCAGCAAACCAAUGCCCUGCUCAACCUGGUGUGGAGGGACUCGGCCAGCGAAGAGGUCUUCACCAUGAUGGCCUCCAUCUGCCACACUCUUAUGGUGCAACACCGCAUGAUGGUUCCAAAAGUCAGGCUUCUGUACAGUUUGGCAUUUAAUGCGCGUUUCCUGCGCCACCUCUGGCACCUGAUACAGUCCAUGACCACCAAGAUGAUUACUGGGUCGAUGGUUCCUCUGCUCCAGGUCAUCUCCCGGGGUUCGCCCAUGUCUCUGGAGGACUCUAACCGGAUCAUUCCCCUCUUCUACCUGUUCAGCUCCCUCUUCAGUCACUCACUCAUCUCUGUGCACGACAGCGAGUUCUUUGGCUACCCUAUGGAAGGCCACGGCCACAGCAAUGCCUCCAUGAUGCCGUUCACCUUGGCCGAGCUGGUGACCUUGUCCCGGUUACUUCGGGAUGCUUGUCUGGGCAUCAUUAAGCUUGCCUACCCUGAGACCAAGACAGAGCACCGCGAGGAGUACAUGGCCGCCUUCCGCAGUGUCGGGGUCAAGACCAACUCCGAGGUGCAGCAGCGCAUUCAGGCUGAGCAGAAGCGCUGGGUCCAGCUUUUCAAGGUCAUCACUAACUUGGUAAAGAUGGUGAAGGCUCGAGACAUCAGACGGCCCUUCUGUCCGACAGGUCAUUGGCUCUCUGAAGAGGUCAACAUCCGAGCAGAUAAGGUGACCCAGCUGUACGUCCCCUCGGCCAGGCACGUAUGGAGAACACGAAGGAUGGGUCGCAUCGGUCCUCUGCAGUCCACAUUAGAUGUGGGGAUGGAACCUCCUCAGCUGUCCGUUUCUGAGGAGAGACACCUGGCCAUCCUGACCGAGCUGCCCUUUGUCGUGCCCUUCGAGGAGCGGGUCAAGAUCUUUCAGAGGCUGAUCUACGCGGACAAACGGGACGUCCAAGGCGACGGGCCGUUCCUGGACGGGAUCAACGUCACCAUCCGACGGAACUACAUCUACGAAGACGCCUACGACAAGCUCUCACCGGAAAACGAGCCGGACCUGAAGAAGCGUAUUCGUGUGCACCUGCUCAACGCGCAUGGCCUGGACGAGGCAGGCAUCGACGGCGGGGGCAUUUUUCGCGAGUUUCUCAACGAGCUGCUCAAAUCAGGCUUCAACCCAAACCAGGGCUUUUUCAAGACCACCAAUGAGGGCCUGCUCUACCCCAGCCCCACUGCCCAGAUGCUGGUUGGCGACUCUUUUGCCAGACACUACUACUUCCUGGGACGGAUACUUGGGAAGGCCUUGUACGAGAACAUGCUGGUGGAGCUGCCGUUCGCCAGCUUCUUCCUGUCCAAGUUGCUGGGCACCAGCGCCGAUGUGGACAUCCACCACCUGGCAUCACUGGACCCUGAGAUGUACCGCAACCUGCUCUUCCUCAAGAGCUACGAGGAUGACGUGGAGGACCUGGGACUCAACUUCACCAUUGUCAAUAAUGAUCUAGGAGAGGCACAGGUGGUUGAGCUGAAGCCGGGAGGGAAAGACAUCCCUGUGUCCACGGCCAACAGGAUAGCGUACAUCCAUUUAGUAGCCGAUUACCGUCUCAACAAACAGAUCAGGCCCCACUGCCUGGCCUUCAGACAGGGCCUGGCCAAUGUAGUGAAUCUGGAGUGGCUGCGCAUGUUCGAUCAGCAGGAGAUCCAGGUGUUGAUAUCUGGAGCGCAUGUGCCCAUUUGCCUUGAUGACCUGAAGAUGUUUACGAACUACUCAGGUGGAUACACUGCCACCCACCCAGUGAUCACCAUAUUCUGGGAGGUAGUGGAGAGCUUCACAGAUGAAGAGAAACGCAAGCUGCUCAAGUUUGUCACCAGUUGCUCGCGGCCUCCCCUCCUGGGAUUCAAGGAGCUGUACCCAGCCUUCUGCAUCCACAACGGGGGGAGCGACCUGGAGCGCCUGCCCACUGCUUCCACAUGUAUGAACCUACUUAAGUUGCCCGAGUUCUGCGACCAGCACCUGAUGAGGAACAAGCUGCUGUACGCCAUCGAGUCCUCCGCAGGCUUCGAGCUCAGCUGAGGCGGAACGUCUGCCUGGGACCCCCCUGAUCCGCUGGACUCAAUGGACAAAGACGGAGAUGAGAGAGAAAGGGGGGGUGAAGGAGACAAGGUGCACUGCUAUCUCUGACUGGGCGUGGAACAGAAACGGAGAUGAAGGGGUUGUCAUCCGAGGCCGAGAAGGAUGAGUCGGACGAGUGGAGGACGGUGAGGGGGAAGGAAAGCGCUGACUUUUAGAAUUUAUUUGUCCUUAUUUUAAAAUAAGUGUUCAGAAUUCACAAAAUGCAAAACAAGCCGCAACAGUAGAAUCUCAAUUAUUAUUAUGGGGGGGAAAAGUAAGACUUUGUCCAAACGAGAAGACUGCGUUUCAACAGUAGACCAUUCAGCAGAAUGUAACGAACCAAGACGAAUAACAAACAAGUGUUCACCAAAGAUUGAGCAGUGCUGCACUGCUUGAGGAUUGGAGCAGGCAAUACGAGGACAGAGGCCCAGAGGCCCAGACGGGACAACACACAAGACUGCAGCCUUCCUAACCCCUCCGUGUCUGUAGGGCUUUGACAGGACCGGCUUGUUCCAAAUGGCCCACCCUAUACACUAGUUACUUUCAAAUUAGUGCACUUGAAUGAGAAUAAGGUGGCAAAUGUUUUCAACUAGAGCUCGUCAAAACUCUGUUUUACAUUAUUAUGAAUAAUAAUUGUCUCAUUUUCAUACCAUAAAAAUGCUUUGGGUAGGCUACAGUGUUGGGUUUUCGUGGCAAAGAGACAGGUUUUGUGGAUAAGAGAUUGGACUAUACUAUUGAUUAUGAAUAUUUGUGAAUAUGUAUAUGUUUACACCUUACUACUUGUACGAUUCAUUUAUUUAGUAUUUGUACAGUUUGCUUUCGUUUUCUUCCUGUGUUUUGGGAUGAAGUCCUUGUGUUCUCACACACAUUAAAGUGAACAAUCUAUUCCAG